ACACAUGACUUCUAUAAAAGGGAAAUCCGACCAUGCAUCUACUCUUCCAAACAAAACACCAUCCUAUUCUCAUUGAAGCCUGUAUUAUAUCAGACCAGGCUGUGGUGGAGAGGAAAGGGAAGAGCUUCUGCAAUGGCUGAUCACCAGCGAAUCCAUCCCGCCAACGAUGUCGAGGCACCACAGGCGCCCACCGCUCCACUUGUUGCGCGUGGCUCCUCCAAGUCCGAUAAAGGCGACCCGGUGGAGGAGCACCCACACCCACCAUUUGGGCAUGCCAUUCCGCCAGCACCUUCAAAACCACCUAAGAAGAGAAGCUGCUGCUGUAAAUGUUUGUGCUGGACGAUAUGUCUCCUCAUUCUGUUUGUCAUCAUCAUUGGCAUUCUUGUUGGAAUCUUCUUCUUAGUCUUCCGACCAAAGAUACCCAAGUACUCGAUAGAUAGCCUUAGAACAACUCAAUUCACUCUUAGCAAUAACAUGAGCUUGUAUGCAUCGUUCGAUGUGAACAUAACUUCCCGAAAUCCUAACAAGAAGAUAGGCAUAUACUAUGAAGGUGGCAGCCAUAUAAAGGUUUAUUACACGGGGAUACAGCUUUGCCAAGGUUCUUUGCCAAAGUUCUACCAGGGUCACCGGAACACGACGGUGAUCACUGUAACUAUGACAGGACAAACACAGAAUGCAACCGAUAUACUGCAGUCACUGCAGGCACAGCAGCAGACUGGAAGCAUCCCAUUGUAUCUGAGGGCAAAGGUGCCAGUGAAGAUCAAGCUUGGAUCAUUAAAGCUACCGAAAUGGAAGUUCUCAGCUAGGUGCAACCUGGUGGUGGACAGCUUAGAUGCUGAUAAUACUAUUAGGAUAAGGAGUAGCAGUUGUAAGUUCAGGCUUAGGCUCUGAAUUACUUUCUGUCCUGUCCAAACAUCAUUUAUCACUGCUUCUAUUAUUUGAUUACUAUUGUUGAUUUCCCCCCGCCCCCUUUUUCUUGUAUAAUACAAAUGGAGGAUGGUGGUUGAUUUUUCUCCUCCACCUAUUUUUUUGAUACAUGAAUAAUGAACACAUUUUUACGCCCUAUUAAGGCAAUUCACUCUAGUUUUGU